AUGCGCAUUCCCAGGGCGAGCUGGUUGCUCGCUGUCUGCAUAGGGACCAUAAUCAAUGCUUCUGACAUACGAGAAGUGGACCUGGUUUUCCAGCGCAACGAAACAUAUGCGCCCGCCGACAGGUUCCCUAUUGACCUGGACGCCGCCGUGACCAGCUCCCAUGAUCUUAAAGGGACUGAUUGGACCGACCAAAACACCUACCUUGCACAUUCUUACUCCACCCUUUUCAAAAAUGAUGGACGGUACAAGGUGAGCUGGACCGUAACCUGGCAGAGUUGCGACCAGGACACCUUUGAAAAUAGGCUCAGUAACGCCAAUAUGAUUGACAACAUGACCACUUGGGCAACCUAUUUCACCACUCAAAGUUCCGCCUCCAAGGUGGAUCUGGUUGCUGCUACAGCCAAAAAGACAUGGCCCGAGGAAUAUGGAGUGUUAAUCAAUGUGACUGACAAAACAUUGAAGGUCCCAUGGAAUGUGAGGUGGUCUGGCGGUGACUACACCAAUGACACAUGCGCGGUGGUGGCGAAGUCCACCCCGACUGCCAGGCCAGGUCCUUGUCGAGUCCACAUUUACAAGACCACUGUCGAAAGCAUGGAAGCCCGCAAUGAGUCACUGCGAUUCACCUUAGGCCGAACAUCAGUGGCUUUGGUUAUGUGCUUGAUAUCGGUGAUGAUAUCUUUAAUGUGUGUGAAGAAAAAGGGCAGGGGUAAUACCUCCGCAGUAUAUCUUCUUAGCCUUAGGUCACCUAAGAUUUUGCUCCUACGUCGCCCCGUUAUAGAUAAGGUAGGUGCCGCCUAA